UUCGCAAAGCAAGUCAGUCGCCACUGAAGUAGGUACCCGAGCCGUUUACAGAAGGUCUUGUUCUUGUCCCCCCUCGAUCUCCUUUGUCACUAUGAAGUUCUUCAUUGCCAUUGGUAUGCUCGCCCUCGUGGCUUGCACGACUUUCGCCGAUGAGGCCGCCAAGAAAGACGAGAAGAAGGAAGAUAAGAAGGACGUUGAAGGCCGUGGUGGCGUCCUGGGUGGCUUGGGCGGUUACGGCGCCGGCGUCGGACCCGGUCUUGUGGGCGCUGGACUUGGAGGCCCCGGGCUUGUUGGUGGCGGAGUAGUCGGUAACCCUGCUCUUGUCGGAACCGGCCUCGGGCAUGGAGUUGGCCUGGGACAUGGCGUCGGCGGUGGCUUCCAGUCAGGAUACGGUGCUACUGCCGGCGGACACCAGGCGGGCUUCAAGAAGGGCGCCGCAGGACACAACCAGGGAUCCGGUGCCUUCGCUGGCGGCUCUGCCCACAGGAACGUCAAUGCCUUCAACAACAACCAGGGUUACAGUCACAGCUCAGGCUUCUCCUCCAGCGACAGCAAGAGCUUCGGUUCUGGCCAGCACCAGGGUUCCUCUGGCUUCCAGGGAGGCGCCGCUGGAAACCAGGCCGGAUUCGGACAGUCCUCUUUUGGAAAGGCUGCAGGAGUGGGCCACGCGGGUGUCGGCCUCCACGGCUAAAGCGAACAUUAUUUAUUCAACAUCAAAUCAUUACAAAAUCGCCACAAUUACUGAUUUUAUAAAACGGUAAUUUGCUCAACGAGCUUUCACAGAACCAGAUAUGCUGCUACAGAGUGCUUCAUUUUUAUUAUGGUAGCAGCCCGUCUAAGAGAACUUGAGAACACAGCACUGUUACUUUUGUUGUUGUUUCCGUGUUUAGCAGCUAAGUCAUCCAAAGAAUGAAUAAAAUGUGGCUGUGAAAACCUU